GCCGAUCUGGAGGAGCUGCAGGCCAUUUUCGACAAAGUGGGUGCCCAAUGCCACUAUCGCACCGAUGUUCCGCAUAAGAGCCGGCUGGGCUUUGUUGCCCAGGAUUUCGAGGGCGCCGGCGUGACAGGCACCGCGCGACACGAGGACCGGAACCUGAUGACGCUAGACUACGCGCGGCUCACCGCCGUGCUGGGGCCAGGCAUGGCUGAGAAGGCGGCGCUGAACCUACUGCGGCGGCUGGCCAGCGACUUCAACGUGAGGGACGCCGGGAAGCUGUACCAGAUCUCAAAGCGCGAGUUCCUCGACCAGCCAGCCGUCGGUGAACCGCGCAACGGACGCCUUGAGGAGGGAUGUGGCAAGGCAGAUGCUGGCCCCGAAGCCCCGGAUCUGAUCGACUUCUCGCAAACACGCGGAGACGAGAACAACUACGUGGUUACCACCGACGAGGGAAACGAGUUCCGUGUCGCCGACGCCACGGAAGCCUACAACGCGUGCCCGCACGAGGCCGUGCACGCCGCGCCCGAGGACGUGGAGGCCCAGCCCACCAUCCAGUUCAGAGUGCUCCAAGACAACGCUGAGAAGUUCCAGCACAACAAGGCGCUUACGGAGGGGCGUCGGACGGGUUGCAGCAGGCGGACGAACGCCAACCGGAGCUUCCAGCCCAGCUACGGCCCGGCCAGAGACCUGGCGGACUUUUGA